AUGCUCGAUAUCGUCCAAAGUCAAUGCUGCUUUGACCUUCCAACUUUUUCCGGGGCUGAUGUCGCAUCAAAAAGGUGAGAGUUUUGCUCUGCUUUCACGUUUUAGGCCUGGAUGUCUUUGCUCCUUGAGCAAGGCAAUGGGGUUUCUUCGCAAUUAUGCCAUCUGGAAUGCGGUUGCUUCGUCUUGCGCCACAUCAGACCCAAUAUUCCAGUGUAAUACAAUUUUUUCAGGGGUACCAGCUCAUUCAGUACCAUGUCGGCAGCCCGGUCCGGAGGACUUAGCAGCCCACUCUUACAGAUUCAACAACAGCCAGAUCAAUGGUAUUAUACUUUAUACGAAUAUCAAAAUAUUUAUUGCUAUUUUUACAAUAAAUUGAUUAUGUUUUCCAGUGUUUGUCCUCUGCGAGACCUUCUUUAUCGUCCAUAUAACGUCCCACAUGUUUCGCAUAGUCCAAACUUCGCGGUCGGGGGAGUGAUCGCCUAA